AUGGAAACUUAUUUCAAUGAUGAAAAGCUGGACUCGGCAAAAGAAUCGUCAUUGCUAAAAGCAUAUUUUUGCGUUUUGGAAUAUUGCGAUCGAAUUUCUGAUACUUUCGGGAUAUUCAUCGCCUGUUUGCACGCAACUUUGUUCGUCACUUUCGUCUGUUGUUUGUACAUCGUUGUCACUACAUUGCCAACAAUUCAAGAGACAAUAUCAACAAACGAAGCCAUUGUCUACGGGGGUUUGUUUGUAGUUUAUCUGGUUCCAUUCAUCAUCUUCAACCAUUCAGCGCAAAAGGUCAUGGAUCUCGAUGACGGGAUAAAAUCGAUUAUUUUAAGAGGAAAGAAGAACUCGAUCGGUUUCCAAGUGAAAGAGUCAAAGUUGGACCGAAUUCUGCUUCAACAACCGAUUCGAUUGUCAGCCUACGGAUUUUUCAACCUCGGACUUUUCCCGUUCACUGAAAUUUUCAGCAAGAGUCCGAAAUUCAAAUGGAUUUCGGUAGGGACAUUUCUCGCCUUGUUGAACGUCGUGGCAGCAUUCGCUUUCUUGGCAACCCCAUGGAUUUUCCUAAGAAACUUCGAAAACUAUGCGACUGUUUAUACGGAACAAGCGAGACAAGGAAGCGUGGUUUUGCAAAUCGGCGUAGUUGCUUUCGGCUUUUCAUUUUGCAUUGCCGUGCAAUUGGCGCAAGGAAAGAAGUUUGCGAAAUUUUUGGAAGACAAGGAGGAUUUCUUGAAUAUCGUGCCAACAGAAAAUAAUAAUUUCGUGCAAUGGAAAGCUCUUCUGGUCAUCGUGUUAUCUUCAGGAUUGUACGAAUUCUCGACAUACUUCGGGCAGACUUAUCAAUUCAACUACAAACUAUGGGGAUCCAACAUGUUCUACCACAUCAUAAUCCUGACAGUUUACAUCUGGUCAGUGACAGAGGAGUGCAAAAAUUGCUUUCAAAGCUUUCACGAACAACUGCAGGCUUACUUCUCAGCUGGGAAGCUGGAUUCGCACACCGAGUCAGAAUUGGCAGACACUUAUUUCGCAAUGUGUGAAUUUUGCGAGCGAAUCACAGAAGUGUUUGGAAGAUUCCUCGCUGCCUUGCAUGCAAAUUUCUUCGUCAUGUUCGUGGUCUGCUUGUACAUUUCCAUCACCACAUUGCCCACGGCACAUGAUUUAAUUUCUGCAAAGCAAACGAUUCUCUACGGCGGGUUGUUCAUUGUUUACGUCAGUCCGUUUGUGCUCUUCAACAAUUCUGCGCAAAAAAUCAUGGACUUGAAAUUAUGGAAUUUCGCCAUAUUCUACCACAUGGUAUUUCUGAAAGUUUAUAUCUGGUCAGUGACAGAGGAGUGCAAAAAUUGCUUUGAAGGAAUUCGCCAACAACUGCAGGUUUACUACACAGCCGGAAAGUUGGAUUUGCAAACCGAGUCAGAAUUAGCAAGGGCUUAUUUUGCGAUGUCAGAUUUUUGCGAGCGGAUCACAGAUGUGUUUGGACAAUGCGUCGCUGCCUUGCAUGCCAAUAUGUUUGCCAUGUUCGUAGUCUGCUUGUAUGUUUUCAUCAACACAUUGCCAAAAGCUCAUGAAAUAAGUUCUGCAAAGCAACUGAUUCCCUAUGGGGGGCUGUUCAUUGUUUUUGUCGGUCCGUUCGUAUUGUUCAACAAUACAGUGCAAAAAAUCAUGGACAUGGAUGACGAUAUUAAGACCAAAGUCGUCAGAGGCAAACAAGAAUGGCCACAUUUUCGAACGACGGACUCCAGAUUGGAUCGGAUUUUAUGGCAAGAACCCCUUCGACUCACCGCCAAUGGAUAUUUCAAUUUGGGCCGAAAAUUGAUGACACAAAUGCUGGGACUCAUUCUCACUUAUUUGAUAAUUUUACUACAGUUCAACGGUGAACAAAAUACGGCCAACUGCAUCCCAAAAGACAAACAACCUUCAUGAAAGUGUUGCUGAUGAUUUAUUUAUUCAUUUUUCCCAGCCAGCGAAAUAAUCAUUGAUGGCUUACAGUUGUUGCGAUGACGCGUGGUCAAUCACAAUGUAUAUUUGACCAAAUUUAUAAAUUAUCCUAUUCGAUGGCGAAUCUUUAUCGAUUAGUGACGAGGUCAAUUUUAAAACUUUAUUUUACUUGGGGUUAAGCGAACAAUAAUUCGCAAAAUUAAUAUUACGAACGAAGAAAUUAGCAAAUUUGCAUCACCCGUCAUUGAAUGAAAAAUUCAAGGUAACGCAAAUUUCAUUACUGUAGAGCAGAACAGUAAAUAAAUAUCGGCAUCCCAACCAAACAAGCGUACAGAAAAAAAUGUAAUCAUUUGGUUAAAUUUAAAAUAUUACAGGUCCAAAAUUUAUUUUGUGCAGUAUUCAGACACACAACUUAGUACUGUACUAAGGCGUACAAUCAGAUUUUCAAAGAUUUACACUGGAAAAAAAAAACUUGUGCGCAUUUCACUCGGGGGAAUGUAAUAUUGUUGUUAGAUACAGUACUCCAAAUUUUUAAUCUUGUUUUUCAAACACUGCUGUCAAGUACUGCCC